AUGGGACGAUCGAAUUUAUUUAAAGAAGAUCAGCUUAAGAUUCAUAAGAAGGAGCUCAAGAAUAUGAAGAAGUGCUUCUUGGCUCAGAAGGAUAAGUUUAGAGCAAUGGCUCAUGAUGGCCUUUCACUGCAUAUUUUCGUUCCAAGUUAUCAAGAUACGACAACUACUAAGAUUGCUUUCUAUAAUUCUCAUGAACUUAAAAUUUUCAGCCGACUUGAACCUCUGAGUGGAGCUCAUAUGCAAGGUUCAAUUGAAGCUUGGAUAGUGACCAAGAAACAUGCUCAGAAAUUAAAGAAAUUUUUGAAUAAAAUGAAUUUUAAAAUUGAGAAUCUUCAUCUAUACCAAAGCCCUGACAUUAUGUAUUCCAAAUUGAAUCUUCCGAUGGUAGGAGUUCUAAAAAUCCUACCAAAAAUUACAAAAAUCUUCAAGAUGGAAGGUUUUAUUCUUCUUGGCAAAAACCUCGCAUUAAUUCUCUCAAACAUGCAAACUUGUCAAAAACUCUGCUUCCAAUGCUGAAUCCUUGACUGAAUCUUCCAGAAACACAACAUUCAAGGAGAAUCAAACUUAAAAGUCCUCGAAAUCUCUUGGUGUAAACAAUUCGCUUCAAAACUGUUCGGAGCUCCAUGGACGAAUUUCACCAACCUCCUUCUCAUGAUCACAAAUUCUUCACUAGUGAAUUCUUUAAAUCACCUAAACUUCCACCCUAUCCCAGACCCGCGUUUGCACAAAAGAGUGUUCAAGGAAAAUGGAAUCGCUCAUCUGUUAGAUCCCUAUUAA